UUUUUUUCCAUUCCCCUGCUCUAUUAUUCUAAACCGAGUCAAAAUAUUCAACCCAAGUCUGCGCCAACUCCACCAUCUCUCUCUCUCUCUCUCUCGCCGCUUUUGCACUCAACAAAACUCUCUCGCUCUCUCCCUCUCUGUAUUGUUUGACUAUGGAGAUACAAGAGGUGCAAUCGUCGUCCUCCUCCUCCUCAUCAUCAAGAGAAGAAGAAGUGAAGCUAGCUGCGAUUGCAAUCAGCCUCAACAUACGGUUGAGAUCAGCCGACAUGCCUCCCACUAUGCAAGAGCGUGCUCUGCGUUACACCAGAUCACUCCUCGAUUCAUCCUCCUCCUCCUCCAAUCGCCGCCCUAGUCCCACCCUCCUUGCUCGCUCCCUCAAAAAGGAAUUUGACUUGAGGUAUGGGCCGGCGUGGCACUGUGUGGUGGGGAAGAGUUUCGGAUCGUUUGUGACUCACUCACCAGGUGGGUUUGUCUAUUUCUCUCUGGACUCACUCUGUUUCCUUCUCUUCAAAACAGAGGUCCAUUUGGUCACCGACCCACCUGCCAAACCAGAGUAGCCAAAAACAGAGACCCUUUUAGGGAAUACAAAAUUGCAUUUUAAUAGAGAUAAUUCAAAAAUAUAGUUGCAAUUUUUUGGAACUCUACAAAAAUACAAUUAUUUUGAAUAUUACCGAGUGAAAUGCAAUUUCUCUGUACAAUUAUGUAAAACAGAGUAGCUUUUCAGGGAAUGCAA